AUGAGCGGCACGGCAACAUCCAAGGUAUCUGCGGAUGCUCAGAUUGAGCACAUCCGAACACAAUUACGUGCCGGACGACACCGAGAUACAGAACCAGACCGCAUAGAACGGGGCUUCAUUGCAGCUCUUAACCUUGUCUCGGAUACGCUCUACCAAAAUCCUUCACACUUCCUCCUUGAACUCAUCCAAAAUGCCGACGAUACUAGGUUCUUGCCUGGGGUGUCACCUAGCCUUGGCUUGACCUUGUUCUCGGAAUCUGAAAACGGAUAUCUACGAACGGACUGCAACGAAGCUGGCUUCACAUUUGCAGACAUUAACGCUAUAACUGAUAUUGGAGAGAGUACCAAGAAGGGCGCCACCAAUGGGCAGAGGGGUUACAUAGGUGAGAAGGGAAUCGGAUUCAAGUCAGUCUUCAAGGCCGCCGACAUUAUUCAUAUUGCCAGCGGCUACUACGAGUUCAAGCUCGACCGGAACCAGCAUCUCGGCAUGGUUCUUCCUAUCCACUCUUCCUUCCCCAGCGGACAACGCCUCCCGGACCAUACCCAGUUCUUGCUCCAGUUGAAAAGUAAAAACGACUACACCGAGACCGAGGGCGACUUGCGCAAUAUGGAGCCUCAGCUUCUCAUUUUCCUCAAAAACCUCCGUGUUUUAAACAUCCAGAUUGGCGACACCAGAAAAUCAUAUCACAUUGAAGGUGAUAUUUCGGCUGCGCUGGGAGAGAUUGCGACUAUUCAUUCCAGUCACCAAGGUGAAGGCGCAUCUGGCAAGACGAAGUAUGCCAUCACACGAUACAGGACCAGCGAAAUACCCAAGGAUGAGCGGAGAGAGGGAAUCACGACGUCCGAGAUUAUUCUGGCUUUUCCUAUUGAACAUUCAAAACCAAAGAUCAGUCCGCAAAAAGCGUUUGCUUUUCUGCCGAUUGACGACUUCGGCUUCACGUUCCUAAUCCAUGCGGAUUUUCUACUCGUCGCUAGUCGUGAGGGUCUCGAUUAUAGCCGCGAGUGGAACACAGCCUUGGUUCAAGCCGUUAGAAAAGCCUUCUUAGGGGCCGUGAAACGGUUUGCCCGUGGUCCAGCGAACCAUUCAGAAGGAGGACUACGAUAUUCGUGGCCCAAGUACAUCAAGCACCAUCGACACGCCCAUGAUUUCUGGAACACGUUGCACGAGAAUAUCUUGACCGAUCUCAAAGCCGAAAUGAUCCUCGAAUCACGGUAUCAUGCCACUGGUCCUUGUCGACCCCGAGAGCUCAAGUUUAUGCCCCGCAAGUUCCGAUUUGAAGGAGAGGCCCUCUUUGACUGUCCUUCUUUGCGGAAGAAGCAUCUGUCGUUCAACUACGAUGGCGUUUACGAUGAGCUUGCUCUUCUUGGAGUCCAAAGAACCGGUACGUCCGACUUGUGCGAAGAGUUCUCAACGUGGGUCGCAGAGGUCGGCUCUUCUGGCCUCGACGCCAAACCUGCAGGGUGGCACCAGCACGUUGCCCGCCUAUUCUAUGGCAAGGAGGAGCUCAAGGAGAAACUGAUGGGCCUCCCAAUCAUCCCUCUCCGAGAUGGCUCUUGGGUCAGCGCGAGGACGGACCGCCUCUACAUGGCCUCCGAGGCUGGCGACGAAUACGUUCCUAGCGGUAUCAGCAUUUCAAUUAUCGACCAGACCGCAUGUCAAGACUCGGAUAGACGAAAGUUCUACCAAUUCCUGGGUAUCCUAGCCUACACUCCAUUUCAGGUCUGCAGUCUAAUCAUGGAACUGCACUCCGGCAAUGGUUCCGACCUGUCAGACCGCCAACCGGAAGAUCUAAUACGUGAUGCCGGUUACUUCUUCAAGCAUCGGCAUCUACGCCCGGGACAAGGCGCCCCUGAGAUAUACUUCUAUGUCAACAAGCCUGAGUAUUCUACACGACGCAAGACUCAGAUCUACAUUGACGUCCGCACGGCCAAACCCCGCCUCAUCAACAAGUACAAGGACAUACCAAAAAAUCCAUUCAACAUGCUGGAUAAAGGGUACGUCAAGACCAUCUGCGCCGAGGAUAGUGCCUUGAAAGACGAAUUUUACAACUGGCUCUUGAAGUCUGAGAACAUUUCGGCAGUUCCAGUCCUCGUCCGGGACCACAUGUUGAGUGCUGAGUGGUUGUUCCUGAGAGACACAAAGGUGACGGAUCUAUUGCUGGUGAUUGAACAACUUUGCAAGAACAACGACGUCAACCCUCGGCUAUUACCUGCUAUCCCUGAGCUUCAGGUAGACUGUCGUGAUGGUACCCAUCGACUACUUGGCGAGUUGGCCAUUCCGACACUAGAUCUCGUACGGGCGUGUCCACAUCUUGACUUCGCUAACCUCCCAGCCCCCGAGAGGUGGGCAUUCCUCGAUCAGUUUGGGAUCCUCACGGCACCCAAUACCACUUCCAGGUUGAAGGAGCUUCAGGCACUCGCGAGUAUCCCUAUUGAGUCGGUCGACAGGGACCUCGUUCACGAAACCUACCGUGGGCUCUGUCUAAGCCUGGAUCGAGAAAGUCCAGAGAUUUUGGAAGUAUUCAACUCGAAGCCUCUAGUGUUUGUGGCUAGACCUCAUCCAGAAUGGAUCACACAUGGAUCCUGUGUCUGGAGUGCACCUUCAGCCCUCAAGCAGGUAACCAGGCUCUCAAACCGCUACGGUGACUGCAGAAAGUUGUUCUGCAACAUCCUUGGCAUCGGACCCGCCAGCAUCGAAAACGUUGCCGAUGAGCUCUGCUUGUUGCAAGAAGAGACUUCUGAAGGCAUGGCGAAACGCUGCGAGGAACUGUUGACAAUGCUGAGCGAACGCCUGACAGCAGGUUCAGAGUUGCCCGUCACCCAUUACCUGCGGAUUCUGCAUGCCAAAGUCUUCCCCAUCGUCAGAGCCGCGCAUGCUGAUGCAAAGUCCGAGAUCAUCCUCAGGUCCCUCCACAAUGCAGAUUGGUAUAUUCCAGACAGGUUAACAUUGGAGGCAGCCUUCCGGGGCAAGGUCAACAUCCUCAACUUCUCCGUCAGAGUGGUGAAUGUUCUGGACUCCUUCUUCUCAAGGAUGAACUCCCGGAGUAAGUACUUUUCGUCUGCUAUCGAAGAGACGGUCGAGCCACGGGGGACACCAAUCCACGACAUGUCAACCGAACGAGAUCUCAAGAUCCGAGUGCAAUACUUUUCUCUUCUCAAUCAACCACUCGAUCCCGGUUCGAGACAUGACCACAGGCCCCUGCGAGUGCGGUCUGUACCAUCUGUCGUCAUCACCAGACGUCUCGGUUCCAUCACAGUCGAAGAAGACAACGAGUUCGUCACGUUUCAAGAAACAACAGAUUACACAGAGAUCUACUUUCGCGCAGUCACGCCUCAGUCAAAACAGGCCGAGGUCAACUACAAGCUGGCCGAGUUCUUUUCCAAACAGCACAAUGUCAAACCUCAAGACAUCAACCUCUUCAACCUCCUGUUGACUGCUCCGCUUGAUGAGUUGAACACCAUCAUGGCUAAACACAAUCGCUAUCCACCAGAUGCGGGAACCAUCAACAGCCUGAAUCUCUCAGCUGGAACAGACUCCGACGUGAUGGUUUUAGAUGAACCAAGUGGACAAUUCGUUGCCGUCGGCCAGCCGGCUCGACUUUCCGAACAGAAUCUUUCCACAUUUUCGGAACAGAUCCAAGCCCAGUACUCCCUACGCGAGCUGAUCCCUUCCUUCCAGUCACGGCUUCAGAGCGUGGCUAGAAGUGCAAGAAACUAUCGGAUAUCGAAACGUCCCAUAACGCGAGGUUUUGUUGAAGCACGGACCCGAAACGAGAGACAUCUACACUCCCUUCAACAUUCUCAUGCUCAAGGCAAUAUCCCCAUAGCAGGAGUCUUCCCAGUCUCCUCAACAGAGGCUGAUGAAGAUGAGGAUCGCGUUCCAGAAUUGACCUCUACGUCAACUGCUCAUCAAGUCAGAACGAGGAAGAUUGGUUUCCUCGGAGAGGCUUUCAUUUAUGCGCUGUUUGAACGCAAUGUCAGUGACUGGUCCUUUCAACACUGGACCAGUAGGCUACGAGUCGAGAACGGACAUCCGCCUUUCGCUGGGCUCGAGAGAGAUUUUAGCGACUUUACGUACCUCGACACCCACGGCCGCAUGAAGGAGUUCCUCUUACGAGCUGGCCUGGAUCUAAACCCGGCUUAUGCCAGCAACACUACGUAUCACCUGGAGGUCAAGACCACCACUGGUGGCGAUGGUGAAAUAUUCUAUGUUAGCCAAAAUCAAGUCAACAUGAUGCAGAGGUUUGACGACGACCCCAACAACGCUUAUAUUGUUCUGCGAGUUUACGACAUCGAGGGGGAGAAUCCGGAUCUCAAGGCUUACCCACGCCCAUGGAGCCUUUAUCUUAAUGGCUUUCUAACUUUUACCUCGCCUCAUGGAUACCAGGUUUGCGAAGGAAGUCGAGAUUCUAGAUAA